AUGAUUGCGGCUGAAAAUAGGGUCUGGCUUUAGGAACUGACAUGCCUAUCAGUACCACUUACAAAGCUCAACUUCGAAAAGCCGUCUGCUAAUUUCAAGUGGUACAUAUUAUAAGCAUUCAAUAUGGUAUCUCACUGGAUAACAAAGUUGACACAAGCUAUUUUGCGCUGUUCAACCCGUCAUCAUGCAACUUCAUUCUCUAUGCUUUGUGUUGUCGGCUCUGUCUCAGGCCCAGGUCUAUGCUGCAUCAGGACCUCUCGGGCAUGCCAAGAAUGGCACAUUCUUAGGUCGCUCAGUACCUCAGUUCAAGCAGGAUUUUUUCCUUGGGAUUCCCUAUGCUAAGCCACCCAUUGGAGAAUACCGAUUUCGAUAUCCUCGAUCAUUGACUUCAAAAUUUCAAGGUGUCAGGGAUGCGACCAAGAUUGGGUACACCUGUCCCGGAAAAGAUAAUGCUACUCUCUAUGAAUUGAACGAAGACUGUCUGAACCUGAACAUCGUUAGGCUGUCCAACUACCACCCCACCAAGAAGCUCCCGGUCUUAGUGCAGCUGUAUGGCGGCGCAGGGCAGACUGGAUCUACCAACUCAGAUGGCAAUAAUAUGACAUUCUUAGUCCGAAGGUCACAAGAGAUGAACGAACCUGUGAUGAUAGUUUUUGUCAACUUCCGGAAAGCAGCUUUUGGAUUUCUAGCAAGUCAGGAUGUUGCGGUCCAGGAGAAUAUUGCAGGUUUCGGUGGGAAUCCGGACGAAGUCACCAUUAUGGGUCAAUUCUCGGGAGGGGAUAUGGUACUAUGGCAGGUGCACGCAUACGGAGGUGGAGGAGGGAAAUCCCCGCUCAGAGCAGCCAUCAGCGUGAGUGGAUCAAGCAACGCAAUUGCGACCAACAGCACCGACUGGUACCAGCCCCUCUACAACACUCUCGUCUCGCGCCUCAACUGCACCUCCGCGCCCGACCAACUCCAAUGCCUCCGCCAAGCCCCCUACGAAGCCCUCAACGCCACCCAACAGGACCUCUUCUUCUUCGCCGUUACCGACGGCUCCUUCCUCCCCAUGGUAGGCGGCCGUGCAAAAAAGCUCGUCAAGUUCCACAAAGUCGCCCUCAUGACCGGCGGCGGUAUCGACGAAGGCGAUUCCUUCGGCGUGCCGGGCGCCAACACUGAAGCCGACAUCAUCACUCGCGGGCUCCAGCAAGGCUCGGGGUACACCAUCUCCAACAAGACCUGGGAGACAAUCUUCAAGCUGUAUCCAGACGACCCGACGCAAGGCAUUCCAACCGGUACUGGCGAGGAACGCUUCGCGUCGCAUGGCUACAUGUUUAAGCGCCAGAACGUCAUCUCUGGGGAUGUUGUGUUUAACAGCAACAGCCGACAAGAUGCUAGAGUCAUGUCUGCGGCUGGCAUGCCUGUGUACAAGUAUCAGUUCGCAACGCCCUCUUGGACGAGUAAAGAGUUCGCUCCGGCGGCGUAUCUGGGCGCCGGCCACGUGACGAACCAGCCUUUCAGCAUCAAUCACCCGAACAACUUCACGCUGCCAUGGUGCGGCCCCCGAGAGGCGCGAACACGGCUGAGGGAAAUGACUUCGUCGAUGACGGUGGCUUUUGUAGCAACGUUAAAUCCGAAUAAGCAUGGCCGAGACUUCACGUAUUGGCCUGCGUAUAAUGAGAGUAGCAACGGUAUUAACUUUGUGUUUAAGGAUUCGGGGUCGUGGGCGGAGGAGGACACGUUUAGAGAAGAGGCGAUAGAUUGGCUGAUUGAGACGCAGGCGGGGCGAGGUCAGUGA